CUAAAAUCCUUAUCUGUCAAAUUUUUUAUUCGCAUACAAUACAAUAAAAUAAAAUGAAAUAAAAUACAGUACAAAACGCUUUGAUUUUUAGUUAUGGAAUUCCCGGGUUUAGGUAAACACUGUACAUUAACUUCUUGUAAACGUUUAGAUUUCUUGCCAAUGAAUUGUGAUGCCUGUGAAAAAACAUUUUGCAAUGACCAUGUUACCUAUUACUCUCACAACUGUCAAAGUGCCUACAAAAAGGAUGUUCAGGUUCCUGUAUGCCCACUGUGCAAUAAACCAGUUCCUGUAAACCGUGGAGAACCUCCAGAUAUUAAGGUUGGUGAGCACAUUGAUCGUGAUUGUGAGUCAGACCCAGCUAAAGAAAAACGCAAGCUUAAUUCCAACAGAUGUUCAGCAAAAGGCUGCAAGAAAAAUGAGCUUGUACCCGUCCUAUGUGAUUCAUGUAGACGGAACUAUUGCCUACGUCAUCGGCACCCCCAAGACCAUGAUUGUGCAACAGCAAGAAAAGCGAAUUAUUUGAAAGCUCAAACGACAAAAAACAGGACAGGCACUGCACAAGUGGAGAGAAACAAACCACAACAAACGCCCUUAAGCGUUCUAGGUCGGGAGCUGGAUAGGGCAAGACGAGAGCGUGCUAAUCCAUCAAAUAUUAAUACUACAAACCAACAACAGCCAAGUAGGACACCUCAGGGUGGACAACAGCGGGCUUUAAGCGACGAUGAAGCUCUAGCAUUAGCAAUUCAAGCUUCCCUAGCCGACACCUCCUCAACGGCAGAUCCAGCUAAAUCCAGCUCAUCGCCUAAACCAAGUUCGUCAACUAAACCAUCCAGCAGUCAGGAAGAAGAGGAUCGUGCACUGGCUCAAGCGCUUGCAGACUCAGAAAAAGAAACCAGAAACAGACAGCGUCAAGAAAUGAACCGAAGGAGAGAUGAAAAGACAUGCACAAUGUCAUAAAUUAAAUCAUUUGGAUAUGUAUUAAUGCAGGGACAAUAGUGUUGAUCACAGUAAAGUUCCAUGCUGCAAUUUGGACAUCAAAUCUUCAGAACAUCAUGUGAGAUUAUUUUGGUGUUA